CGCGUAAGUGUUUCACCAUCUGGCACCAAUGUGCGCUCCAUUGCAAUUUUUAGUUUUGUUUCGUUUGCUGUCGUCCAAACUUUGGAAUGAACGGAGAUGCACUGAAUGACGCCAAUGUAUUUGCUAGAUCUGUGAGUCGUGCUGGCUGACAUCUGACACUAGUGAUGUCCACUCGAGUCUUCAUCAAUGUGGACUUGGACCCCUUUUGUGCGGAGCUAGUGUUCCCAAAAGGUCUUGAUGUCGGGGGCUUUGUCUCUCUUGUUUUUGGCCGCUUCAGCCAGGAGGCUCCUCAUGGUGCACAAGACCAUGGAGUGCGUCAUAUCUCUCUCCAAUCUGCCGCAAGAGCCAAGUCUGGAAAAGAACAACCUCUGAAGAAAAAGGUGUUCAUCAGUGUGCCUUAUGGAGAGCGAAACCCUCUGUGCACGCUACGAGAUGCUCCGCUACCUGAGGACCUUGAGGAUAUUCCAGAUCCAUCUGAUGAAGAAGCUGUAGAUGAUGUAAUCUUAGGUUCCAACAAAGGAGAUGGCAACAGGCAGUCUUCGAGGUCUGAAGAGGUUACCCCCACUGUGACCUCAGGCCUGCUGUGCCCGUCCUGCGGGGGUUGGUUUAGCAAUGCUGAGGUGUUGCAGCUGCACAAGGCCAUGAGUCAUGCCCGAGUCAACCCCAACAAGCCAGUCAAGACACUGUACGGCUGUAAGGACUGCAAGAAGACCUUCGGCACUAGCGCCGACUGCCUGCUGCACAAGUGGAAACACAAGCCAGAGUCUGAAUGGCCGUUCCAGUGUAAAUCCUGCAGUCGAGGCUUCAUCCGCCAGGCAGCCUUCGUGCGCCACCAGCAAACCCACGCCCUCGAGUGCAAGGAGUGCAACCGUGCUUUCACCGACCAAAAAGAGCUGCAUGAACAUAACUUGACACACCAGAAUGGACGUGAGACGUUCCUCUGUGUCCACUGCGAGCAGCUCUUCCUCAGCAAGGCUGGCCUGGCACGGCAUGUGGUGCGGUAUCACAAAAAUCUGUCAGCUGUGUCGACUGGUGAAAGAGUUAAUGAAGCAGACGGUGUAGAUCCAGAGACAGCUCCAGAGGCAGCAGCCAUGCUGGAUUCUAUUCCAGUUGCACUGUCCUGUGACCAGUGCACCUUUGGCUGCUCACAGCCCACAGAAUUGGCACAGCACGUUGCAUCAAACCACCCCACGGUACCAAUAUUUAGGUGCAAAAAGUGUGAGCAGCCGUUCCUUAAGGAGGCUGAGUGUGACGAGCACAUGCAGCACAAGCAUCAGCUGCUUCAUGUGGAGCCGACUUCGGAUGGCAACUAUCUGUGUCAGAUCUGUGACCGUCGGUUGAAGACGUUCAGCGGCUACUGGGGACACCUCAGGGGCCACACAAAGGCCAAGCCAUUUUUGUGUGAUCAGUGCGGUCACCGCUACACCAGCCGGGGCAGUCUGACCAAGCACAAGCGCACCCACGACUUUGCCAAUGCCACGAAGUGUCCGCACUGCUCGAAGGAAUUUGCCACCCUCGACUACAUGCGCAAUCACGAGCGACUUGUCCACACCCGCAACUUCAAGUUUUCUUGCCGACUGUGUGGCCACAAGUUCCCAAACGAGCGCAAGCAGCAGACCCACAUGGCGGUGGUGCAUGAGCAGGAGCUGACGCGUGAGGAGCUGGACGCCAUGACGCGCGUCCGGCACUUGCGCUGCUCCGAUUGUUCUUUUGCCACUUACAGUGCCCUACAGUUCCGCCAGCACCGGGCCACUCACACAGGGCGCUACCCCUUCUCAUGCACACUGUGCGAACGAGCUUUCACUUUCCGGUUCCAGCUGACAUUGCAUAUGCGGCGCCAGCACCGACCAGGCGGCCCACUGAUUUGUCCGCACUGCCCGCGACAUUUCAUCUCUGAGGAUGCUCACACUGCACAUGUGGCCUUGCACGGUGCCCCCCACGCAAAAGGCCUCGAGUGCACCCAGUGCAAGAAGCUGUACGAGACUCCACGGCUGUUGGAGAAGCACCAGGCCUCGGUUCAUAAUGCACAGGCAACACGUUUCACCUGCAACCUGUGCAGCAAGCGAUUUCGCACAUCCAGUGGCAUGGUGGCUCACAGAAGGGUGGCUCAUCUUGAUUCAUAUGGCGGUAAUGAAAAAACAGCAAAGCAGGCUGUGCCCGCCAAAAACUGGGCACACAGGCCAGGCAGGAAGUAUGGAUGUUCACGGUGGAAGUACAGCUGUGAACCUUGUGGCCGUUUCUUCAAGUUUGACGGCAGUCUUCGUGCACAUCGGGUCUUCGUUCAUGGCAUUGAGGGGAAAACUGCCGAGGAGAAGUUCUGUCCAGAGUGUGGAAAAUCCUUCCAGACUGAAUUGAGCCUGGCAAUGCACUUCCGCACGCACACCCAGGAGGUCAACUUCAAGUGCAGCGUCUGUAGCAAGAUCUAUCGCAGUCGCUGCAGCCUCAAGAAGCACAUUGCCACUGCGCACCGAUCAAGCCUGCGUGUAUUUUGUGCUGUCUGCAACCGGGGCUUCCUGAGCCAUGCCUCCAUGCUCCUGCAUGUUAAAUUUGCACACAAGGAUGGUGCCAAAGUCGGAGCAACAGCUGAAGUUAUUGCAAAACCUCCAGAGCCCUCUGCAGAUGCUCUUAUGUCAGUCACAAUGACAGCCGUCAACUCUGAACCAGCCACAGCCCCAACUUCAACCACACUUUCUGUUGCGGACGCGGAGCCUGUGUCCACCGUGCCUUCAGUUCAAGUAGUGCUGCCCGCGUCGACUACGCCUUCAGUUCCAGGCAUGGCAGCUGCUCCCACUGUGUCUUCGCUUCCAGAUGUGGCAAAUGUGUCCUCUGUGUCCUCGGCUGCAUGCAUGACGGCUGCGUCUACAGUACUUCCUGUUCCAGAUGCAACUUCCUAUCCAGUGGCGGCCUCCAAUACAACAGCAGCUCCAGUUCAUAACACGGCAGCAGCUGAAGCUUUGGUUUCCUUACCGCCGCUGUCUCCAACAGCCAGCAGCAUAGUUGAAUUGGAGCCAGUGCAGGAGAUCACCGAGCUGACCCGAAUGGAGCCCGGAACUCACGAGCAUUCUGCCGUGGAGCACUUGUUUGCCAGCAUGCAGCAGCCUGCAGCCUCCUUGACUGUGGUGGCAGGUGGACCGUCGAUGACCGUUGUGGGCUCAGCGCAGCACAUGCUGCACAUGCUCUCUGUGUCCCAAGUUGAGGAAGUGGUCAGCGAGGUCUGCAUGCCUCAGAGCAGUUGUCCAAACGUGUGGUAGAUGAUGUGAGACUUGUUUAUGUGACGGUACAUGAUAUAGAUUCUCGUUCUUAAAGUGCAAAGGGUCGUGUUGGCUGUUUAGCCCCAUGAGGAAAACCUGCAGUGUGUGCUCAGGACGCUAAGGACACAUGACGAGCCGUCAUUUCUUUUCUAUUUAUUUUUUGUUAAUGUGCCAUUGAAUGUUAUGAUCGCAUGUUUACUGCUCUCUAUAUUUCCCAACAACAUGUAAGGUACAGUUGUAAGUCUGUAAAAAGGGGACAAUUUCAUUAGAUCUUUGUAUUCACGCAGGAAGAUGCCGGGGCUCAUAUCACGUAAUAAUUAACGAGUUAAAUAUUCCACUGAAAUCAAUAAUGUUAGUGACCCCUGAAGAUCAGGUUCGAGAUUGUGUAGGAAAGCUUUUUCUGUUACUCUCUGCGAGACAGCGAUUUCAGCAUUUUAAACCUUUAUCAUCUGCAACACAAGCUUACAAUCGAAGCAGAUGCAAGUCAAUUGAGGUGCGUAGAAACAACGUUAUAUAUUGUGUACCAUAUAUGUUGAAGUUAUUAUAUAGUAAGACUAGUUUUUAUUUGCAGUGUUUUCACACCGAGACUGUUGCAAAUUGUGCAAAAAAUUUUAAAAUCUUGUGAUAGUUCUUUUUUUUUUUAUGGUCACCAUGAUACUGAAAUAAAUGAGGCACCUAUGCUCCA